AAAAACAAAUAAACUAAAAUAAAGUAUUUUUCUGUGCAAUAACUGAUUUGUUAAGGCCGAAAAACAUAGUAGUGAAGCUUCCUUUUUGACACGUCUAAUCAAGUCACCUGAUCAUGUAAGGCAGCAGAGUGAGAGGGAAACUUCGGCGUUCAAAAACUGAGUGGACGUGUUUCAUCAGCCAACCGUGGGAAAAUCUGUUAUUAUUUUAGGAUAUUUAAAAGGUUAUGCAGGGAAAAUGCCUCGUGAUGUCCAACUGCAUACACUCACUGGUAGCCAUCUUAGAAGUUACAGUUUAUCUGACUGAACUUGACUUGUGGUCCUGCACUAUCACGUGGGAGCUUCAGUUUCGCACAUUGUGCCUUUUUUCUUCAAAAGUUAACCAAGUAGGCCUGUUCCGUCUUUUUCUAGGCUCACUAACACACUCACACACACCACCCCUGUUAAGACACAAGGAGAAGGUUGAUCAUUAUGUAAAGACUGUCUGAACUGUUCAGACACAGAUGUAGUUGAUAAACCUGAACUGCUGGAUCUGAACAAAUUGACCCACUUACUGGGGCAAAUAAAAAGGAAAAACUUCACUUAUUGGUUUGAGAUAUUUUGAAAAUUCUUCUGUUAUAUUCCAUAGAAAAAAAUAACUUAUGUACUUUAAAGAACACCACCAAAUCCGUAUGGGUCAUGAAAAUCCUGAUGGGUGCAUCUCAAUUUUUAAUCACAUUUCCCCCAUCAAAAAUGUUUACCUGUAUGCUGUAUAGCUGCAAAAAAAAAACAAAAAAAAAACUUUAAAGUGUAAAUUUGGCAACAGUACAAGCUGUACAAUCACUAACUUUUUUAGUCAACACCAUAAUGAAGGCAGUUAAUGAUAGACGUUUUUUUGUUUUGUUUUGGCAAACCAUGUAACUAAGGUGAUGCAAGAUGAGUACAGCAUUUAAUCUUUUCAUAAGAGGCAAAUAUGCAAGAAAAGGAUGGAAACAUUCAAAGGAAAACUGAUUGAUUUCAGUUUCAUAAAUGAUCGUUAUCCUCGUCAGCUUUUGCUUCAGUUUUGUCUCCAUGGCAAUGUUCUUUAAGGGUUUUGGGGUCAUUGGAGUCAAACUCUGACUUAAACACACAAGGUUCAUCCAUCUUCAAUUCAAAGUGAUGUUUACACUCACUGAAGUUGCUUCCCUGAACGACAUCCAGCCAACGUACCGCAUCUUAAAGCCAUGGUGGGACGUCUUUAUGGACUACUUGGGCCUGGUCAUGCUCAUGCUGGCCAUAUUUGCAAUGACCAUGCAGAUCACCAAGGACAAUGUCGCUUGCCUUCCCUAUCCUGAAGAAACAGGUGAAGCUUCAGAAACGGAAACCAACUUGUGCCCCCCUCAAACAGCAUCCUCGGCAAGACCCACUGGAGCCCCUGUUACAACCACCAUCUCUUCAGUUCCUACGGAGCUCUCUAACAAGGCCAUCACUGGUAUUCUCACAACUCAUCGGCCUGCGGUGGCAGCGCAGAAGACUGUCCCUAAACCUGAACCGAGAGGGGUUAAAACGAACCUGGACUUUCAACAGUAUGUCUUUAUCAACCAAAUGUGUUACCAUGUUGCCUUGCCCUGGUAUUCCAAAUACUUUCCAUACCUUACACUUAUCCACACCAUCAUUCUCAUGGUCAGUAGCAAUUUCUGGUUCAAAUACCCCAAAACAAGUUCAAAGAUCGAGCAUUUUGUAUCUAUUUUGGGGCGGUGUUUUGAGUCUCCUUGGACAACAAAAGCUUUGUCUGAAACCGCUUGUGAGGAUUCUGAGGAGAACAAACAGAGGCUGACGGUCAGCUCUUCAGGGCCAAAACAGGUGUCUUUAGAGGGGAAGGAUGAAGGUGCUGAUGCCAACCAAUCCACACCAAUGCUCGGGGUCAAGUUUUCUGCAGAUAAGCCCAUUGCAGAGGUCCCAAGCAGCAUGACAAUCCUGGAUAAAAAGGAUGGAGAGCAAGCCAAAGCCCUAUUUGAGAAGGUGAGAAAGUUCAGAGCCCACGUGGAGGACAGUGAUUUCAUUUACAAACUCUAUGUAGCCCAAACCUCUGUCAAAACUGUUAAAUUUAUUUUGAUCUUGUCCUACACUUUCACCUUCUUAGCUGAAAUAACAUUUAGGCAUUGUUGUGAACCAGACAUAGAACAGCUAACAGGCUAUAAAAGAUUCUACUGUACGCACAACAUGGCUUUCAUGCUGAAGAAGCUGCUCGUUACCUACAUGGCAUUGAUCUUGAUCUAUGGGAUAACAUGCCUUUACUCCCUGUUUUGGGUGUUCCGACGACCUCUAAAAGAGUAUUCCUUUGAGAAGGUAAGGGAAGAGAGCAGCUUUAGCGACAUUCCGGAUGUCAAAAAUGACUUUGCAUUCCUCUUGCACAUGGUCGACCAGUACGAUCAACUUUAUUCCAAACGUUUUGGUGUCUUCUUAUCUGAGGUUAGUGAGAACAAAUUGAGGGAGAUCAGCCUCAAUCAUGAGUGGACGUUUGAAAAAUUAAAGCAACACGUCACGCGCAAUGCACAUGACCAGCAGGAGCUGCACCUGUUUAUGCUGUCUGGUCUCCCAAAUGCUGUAUUUGACCUGACAGAUUUGGAAGUGCUGAAACUGGAGCUGAUUCCUGAGGUGAGAUUUUCUGCAAAGGUUUCCCAAAUGACCAGCAUGCAGGAGCUGCAUCUUUCCCACUGUCCAGCCAAAGUAGAGCAAACAGGUUUUGCUUUCCUACGGGAUCACCUGCGCCGGCUGCAUGUUAAAUUCACAGAUGUUGCUGAGAUACCGCCCUGGGUCUACUUGCUUCGCAGUCUGAGGGAGCUUUACCUAAUGGGGAACUUAAAUUCGGAAAACAACAAAAUGAUUGGUUUGGAGUCUAUGAGAGAUUUGAGGCAUUUGAAGACAUUAUGCCUGAAGAGUAACCUGACAAAAAUUCCAGUGAACAUCACAGAGCUCUCGCCGCAUCUUCUUCGACUAGUGGUGCACAACGAUGGGACAAAACUGCUAGUUCUGAACAGUCUGAAAAAAAUGACAAGCCUCAUUGAGCUAGAGCUCCUCAACUGCGAACUGGAAAGGAUCCCCCAUGCUAUCUUUAGCCUGACCAACUUGCAGGAACUUGAUUUGAAGUCGAACAACAUCAGAACAAUAGAAGAGAUCAUCAGCUUCCAGCACCUCAAGCGGCUGACAUGCCUAAAACUUUGGCACAACAAAAUCAUCACUAUCCCACCAUCCAUUGGUCAUGUCAAGUCUCUGGAAUCUCUCCACCUUUCUCACAAUAAACUGGAGUCCCUUCCUUCAGCCUUGUUUACUCUUCCUAAACUGCGACAUUUGGAUGUGGGCCAUAACUCCAUUACAGUGCUUCCACCAGAUGUCGGUCUCCUCAACAACCUCCAACAUCUGGCCAUUAACUCAAACAAGCUGGAAACCCUGCCCAAACCUCUCUUCCGAUGCACCAAGCUGAAGGUUCUUUGUCUAGGCCACAAUGCACUCACCAGUCUGCCAGAGAUCGUGGGUCACCUGGUGCAGCUCACACAGCUGGAGCUUAGAGGAAACUGCCUGGACAGAUUGCCCGCCCAGUUAGGAAACUGCCGGCUGCUGCGUAAAAAUGGGCUUAUCGUGGAGGACCAUCUUUUUGACACCCUGCCCGUGGAAGUUAAAGAGAGUAUCAGCAGAGAAACAAAUGUUUCCUUUAGUGGCUUGUAGAACAAAAACCACAUGAAAGACAUUGAAAAGAAAAACCUUAAUUAUUGUGGAAUUUACAUAAAUAAAUGGAUUUACUUGA